GGCGGAAAAUCAUGUACUGCCGGUUCCUGGUUUGUCUGUGUGCCCUUGUGGCGUUGGCGUUUGCCGGUGAAGCCGACGUUUUGGAUUUGACCGAUAGCGACUUUGCCACCCGUGUUGCUGAAACGGAAACCACCCUUGUGAUGUUCUAUGCCCCAUGGUGUGGACACUGCAAAAAACUUAAACCCGAAUAUGCAAAGGCUGCCGAACUGCUGCGCGGUGACGAUCCCCCGAUCGCACUGGCCAAGGUCGAUUGUACCGAGGGUGGUAAGGACACCUGUAACAAAUUCAGCGUCAGUGGCUAUCCCACGCUAAAAGUGUUCAAGAAUGGCGAAGUAUCGCAGGAGUACAAUGGUCCGCGAGAGGCAAACGGUAUCGCCAAGUACAUGAAAUCGAUAGUUGGCCCCGCAUCGAAGGAUCUGCUGACAGUGGAAGCGUUCGAAGCAUUCCUGAAAGUGCAGGAGACGUCCGUGGUUGGUUUCUUCCAGAAGGAGUCGGAUCUGAAGGGUGUCUUCCUGAAGUACGCGGACAGUCAACGUGAACGACUACGAUUCGGUCAUAGCAGUGCGCCAGCAGUUCUGGAGAAGCAAAGUGAAAACGAUGCCGUAUAUCUGUUCCGUGCCCGUCAGUUGGCGAACAAAUUUGAGCCUGAUUUUGUAAAGUUCGAAGGAACCACUAAGCAGGAGCUGGCUGACUUCGUGAAGGCCAACUAUCACGGACUGGCUGGUGUGCGCUCGCGUGACACUACGACCGACUUCAAGAACCCGCUGGUAGUCGUGUACUACGCAGUGGAUUACGUUAAGAAUCCGAAGGGCACAAACUACUGGCGCAACCGAGUGCUGAAGGUGGCGAAGGAGUUUGCGGGACGUGUUAACUUUGCCGUCAGCGCCAAGGAUGACUUCCAGCACGAGCUAAACGAGUACGGGUACGAUUACACCGGCGAUAAGCCCUUGGUGUUGGCCCGUGACUCGAAGAAUCAGAAGUUUAUCAUGAAGGACGAGUUCUCGGUGGACACCCUACAGGCGUUUGCUACCGAAUUGGAGGAGGGCUCUCUGGAACCGUACGUAAAGUCAGAACCUGUGCCAGAAAACAACGAUGGACCGGUCAAGGUAGCCGUGGCAAAGAACUUCGACGAGGUGGUCGUCAAUAACGGUGUUGAUACGCUAGUGGAGUUCUACGCUCCGUGGUGUGGCCACUGCAAGAAGUUGGCCCCGACGCUAGAGGAGCUCGGCACCAAGCUGAAGGAUGAAGCCGUUUCGAUUGUGAAGAUGGAUGCCACCGCUAAUGAUGUGCCGUCUCACUUCGAGGUGCGUGGUUUUCCGACGCUGUACUGGUUGCCCAAGGAUGGCAAGACCAGCCCGGUGCGCUACGAAGGUGGCCGCGAGGUGGAUGACUUCUUGAAGUACGUCGCCAAGCAUGCGUCGAGCGAGCUGAAGAGCUUCGACCGUGCCGGCAAUGCGAAGAAGACCGAACUGUAA